GACGAAGCCCACGCCGCCAGUGAAAAGUCCAUAGACGAGGACUGGGUGCAAGAAAUCAAUAGGGGGGCAUAAGCCGUUUCCGCAAACCGAACAGGAAAUCAUAGAAAAAGUUUAAGAGAAGAUGAGCGGCAGCAAUGGAAGAGGAGGAUUUAGGGCGAAGCUGGAUCACUACAUGUACAGUGGGGACAAGAAGCACGUAUUCGCUGGAAUGGCCGUAAUCUCCGUCCUAUUCGGUAUUCCCUGGUACUUCAUGAACAGAGGGUCAAAACAUCAAUCUCACCAAGACUACAUGGACAGAGCUGAUAAGGCUAGAAGUGAGAGACUAUCGGCUGGUUCACCCGCUACCAAAUGAUCGAUGCUUUAUGAGUAGUUGGGGGCUUCAAUGGUUUUUUAUUUACUGCUUUUAACUUUUAAAGACGUUCAUAGCACUGGAAAUGAAAAUAUUGCUUAUGUUUGUAUGAAAAUAUUUUCCCUAUCAAGAACUUGUAGCUUUCACUUGUUGCUUUACAAUAAAUUAGUUGUGGUAUA